AUGGCCUCGCGGCUCCUGCUGCGGCUGCGGCACGCCCUGGCCAGCGAGGGCCCCGCGGAGGCGGCGGCCGGCCCCGAGGCCGAGCAGUUCCCGGAGAGCUCGGAGCUGGAGGACGACGACGCCGAGGGCCUGUCCUCCCGCCUCAGCGGCACCCUGAGCUUCACCAGCGCGGAGGACGACGAGGACGAGGACGAGGAGGACGACGAGGCGGCCGGCCCCAGCCCGCUGCCCCUCGGGGACCGGGCGUCGGGAGGAGAGGACGCAGAACAGAGCCCCUCACCCGACGGGCAGCGGAGCAGCCAGCUCCUGGCACGUCAGUUGCAGGAUUUCUGGAAGAAGUCCCGGAAUACCCUGGUGCCCCAGCGGCUGCUCUUCGAGGUGACCAGUGCCAACGUGGUCAAGGACCCUCCUUCCAAGUACGUGCUCUACACCCUCGCCGUGAUGGGGCCAGGGCCACCAGAUCACCAGCCGGCCCACAUCUCUCGCCGUUACUCAGACUUUGAGCGGUUGCACCGAAACCUGCAGCGGCAGUUCCGGGGCCCCAUGGCUGCCAUCUCCUUCCCCCGUAAGCGCCUGCGCCGGAAUUUCACUGCAGAGACCAUUGCCCGCCGCAGCCGAGCCUUCGAGCAGUUUUUGAGCCACCUGCAGGCAGUCCCCGAGCUGCGCCAGGCCCCAGACCUACAGGACUUCUUUGUACUGCCGGAGCUGCGGAGGGCACAGAGCCUCACCUGCACUGGCCUCUACCGCGAGGCUCUGGCGCUCUGGGCCAAUGCCUGGCAGCUUCAGACCCAGCUGGGCACCCUCUCCAGCCCAGAUCGCCCUCUGCUGACCCUGGCUGGGCUGGCUGUAUGCCACCAGGAGCUGGAGGACCCUGGGGAGGCCCGGGCUUGCUGUGAGAGGGCCCUUCAGCUGCUGGGGGACAAGAGCCCCCAUCCUUUGUUGGCACCCUUUCUGGAGGCCCAUGUCCGGCUCUCCUGGCGCCUGGGCUUGGACAAACGCCAGUCAGAGGCACGGCUGCAGGUCCUGCAGGAGGCAGGCCUGACCCCCACACCACCCCCCAGUCUCAAAGAAUUGCUCAUCAAGGAGGUACUGGAUUAG